AAUAAUCUGCAAGUUAAUCGAUAAGGAAAGCACAACAAACGUGCAAUCAGGACAGACUGUGAUUCGAUACAGUCAGGAGUGGUAUUUUCCGAGGGGCUCGUGAAGGUAGCAUCAGUCUCCUGGAUCCUGGGUGUGUGCAGGCAGUUCAACCUAGAGACUGAGGAAGAAAGCACCAGGAACAUCUCAACGUGAGUCCAGCAUCUGUCAACUGCUUGAAAACUUCUACCCCUUCGCCGCCGGACGGACCGAGAAUGGGAAACUACCCGAGCUAGUUUCCGAAGAGGACACAAAUUCAGGGGGGAGCUGUGCUAAAAUUGCCAGGUUGAUCCCUGGUUGAGCCUUCAGUCACACACUUUACCUCCAGAGAAGGAACAGGAGCACAGUGAAGAUGCAGACCUUCCUGAAAGGCCGGAGAGUCGGCUACUGGCUCAGCGAGAAGAAGAUGAAGAAGCUGAAUUUUCAGGCCUUUGCUGAUUUGUGCAGGAAAAGAGGAAUAGAAGUUGUUCAGCUGGACCUCAGCCAGCCUCUGGAGGAGCAGGGUCCCCUGGACGUCAUCAUCCACAAACUGACUGACCUCAUCCUGGAGGCUGACCAGAAUGAUUCGCAGGCCGUGCUGCUGGUGCAAAGAGUACAGGACUACAUUGAUGCCCAUCCCGAGACCAUCGUCCUGGACCCCCUUCCAGCCAUCCGAACCUUGCUGGACCGCUGCAAGUCCUACCAGCUCAUCAACAGGAUAGAGACCUGUAUGCAAGAUGAAAGGAUUUGCUCUCCUCCAUUCAUGGUCCUGAACACAGAGUGCAGCCCAGAUGUGCUGGAGCAGAUCAAGAGGCAAGGACUCACAUUCCCCUUCAUUUGCAAAACACGGGUGGCUCAUGGAACCAACUCCCACGAGAUGGCUAUUAUCUUCAGUGAAGAAGACCUGAAGGAUGUGAAGCCUCCAUGUGUGAUCCAGAGCUUCAUCAACCACAACGCUGUGCUCUACAAGGUGUUUGUGGUGGGAGACUCCUACACCGUAGUAGAGAGGCCUUCACUGAAGAACUUCCCUGCUGGACCAGCAGACAGGGAAGCCAUUUUCUUCAACAGCCACAAUGUUUCCAAACCAGAGUCCUCCUCAGACUUGACCACGUUUCAGCCCGACCACAGAACUGGCCUUCCUCACCAGCUUGGUGAGUCUGCUGGUCUCACCAGCCUUGAUGCCACCGCCCCAGCACACCACAGCAAAGAACAGUGCGCUGGCUACUACAGACUGCUAAAAUAUCUCCAGGAGCCUGUUUCACACACUGAAGGAUCUGAGUCUCCUCAGGAAGAACAGUCUGCUCUGUCCCUUCCUGAAGAGGGCGUCGGUGUUGUGGGACCAUUCCAGUUUUUUAUUGAUUUGAACCCUAAGAGAGAGAACGUAGAGUCUCAGCCACCCAGCGAUGAUGUCAUCAGAGAGCUGUCCAGGUCAUUGCGGCAGGCGCUGGGCGUGUCCCUGUUUGGCAUCGAUGUGAUCAUCAACAACCAAACAGGCCAACAUGCCGUCAUUGACAUCAAUGCAUUCCCUGGUUAUGAGGGCGUCCCAGAGUUUUUCAAUGACCUCCUGAACCACAUCACCAGCGUGCUUCAGAGUCACAACGCAGACUUCGCCCCUGCCAGCGAGCAGCCCAAAGGCCUGCCGGUUAGCACCACGGUACCGAACGCCACCCCGGCGCCACCCAGCUGCUGCAGCAUGCUUGGAAAAGAGGCCAGCGGCAGCCCCUGGAUCGUAGAGGGCGACGGAGGGCUGAAGGGCCCCCGUCAGAGACUGGGCUGCAACUCGGCCAUGUCCCCAAACUUCCAGCAGCACUGUGUCUCCACGAUAGCUACCAAGGCUUCCUCCCAGUGACUGAUCCCCUGCCCCCACUCAGUUUGAUCCCUGAGCAAACAAAAAAAAGACGGAUGACAAUGGUGACAAUAAUAAUGAAUAAUAAUUAUGAUGUUAAUGAUGAUAAUAUAUCUAAUCCAAAAAAAAAAAAAAUUCACUAUGUAGUUAUUGAAAAUGAUGGUGAUUGAGUGUAAGCUUUUUUUCUCUCUGCCAUUUUGUAUUUUUCGUUUUGUCUAAUGAGACUUAAAAGUACUGUAAUGUGAACUUUUGGGAACUUUUGCCUAAUAGCUGAUUUUAAUUUGUCUCUCUUGUGUGAGUUCUCUGCAAUUAAAGGGUCCAGAUGAGGUA